AUGGGCGCUCGUCAUGCGCUACUGGUACCACCCGCCAAUACUGCCGCGGCUGGUCUCUCAGCUGAUGAUGAUGAUGAUAUUAUCAGCAAAGAUGUGGUUGAUCGCGGGUUUCUAACCAUAGAAGAUGCUGAAUGCUUCCUCUCCACGUUUAAAGUGAGAAUGAUCGAGCAUUUCCCAUUCGUUGUGGUUCCCCAGCACACAAUGGCAGAGCAACUUCGCCGGGACAGGCCGUUCCUCUUCCUCUCUAUCAUCUCGGCGGCAUCUUACUCAAGCAUGCCACUACAACGGAAAUUGGGAGAGGAAGUCAGGUCAGCUAUUGCCUCGCGGAUGAUCAUCAACGGAGAAGUUUCCUUCGAUCUGCUGCAAGGAUUGCUGUUAGCUAUUGGCCUCAUUAUCGAGCUGCGGUUGGAUAGACCGCCGCAGACGAAAGUAUGGAAAUCAGGGAUCCGAUUCACAUCAAAUUAUGACCCGGACGAUGAUACUUUUACUAGACCGUCAUUCGGCCGUGAUGAGCAGAGGGCUGUCGCAGGUUGCUACUAUCUAUCCUCGACAAUCUCCGGACUUUUGCAAAAACAGCUCACCUUUCCAUAUACUGCUUACCUCGAAGACUGCUGCAAAUCUAUUUACGAUGCGGCUGAGUACCCGUAUGAUAAAUCCAUCCUCUACAUCGUUCAGCUCCAGCAUAUUGUGGAAAAAAUUAAUCGUAUAACCUUUCAGCACGGGAUGGAGCUGAAUAACUCUGGGUCGGCGAUGGAGCUAUAUGUCUCAAGCUUGAAAUCUGAGUUAGAGGCAUUCCUUGUCCGGUCAGGGUUUACUUCAGCAGACGAGACAACACUUACUACUAUGCAGUUCCACACCGCUGAGCUUUCUCUCUACCAGUUGAGCCUACUUGACAAACGUAGACAGCAAUCUGGAUCUAGACCGACUACGCUAUCGGAUGAUAUGUUAUACGCGGGUGGCUUGGCGGCACGAUCUAUACUUGAACUUUAUCUAUCGCUGCCACCUCGGGCAGAAACCAGCUUCAAUAACACUGAAUGGGUUCAGAUUGGAUUUGCUUUGAUUGUCGCCUGUAGGCUAGCAGGCACCGCCCCUACAGCUGAACCGGCAGUUUUCCGCCGACACAAGGAAUCUCUCUCAAAUACUCUGACAAAGUUAAAAAUGCGGGUAUCGGAACUAUCCACGGAUAUGGUCGAUUUCAAUGGAGAUAAGGACGUUUUCACAGAUUAUGUCGAUCGUGUUGCUCGACUUCAAGUUUGGCUGGAUACAAGACUCGAGAAAACAGGCUCCUCUGGUAUCAUUAACAAUGCUGCCUCGGGAGAACUGCGAACAAUAGAGGGCACCCCCAGUUUAGAAAAUCAGCCGUUAGCAGCUGAUGCCUCGGGAGUUAUGCACGAUUUUUCGCCUUCUGACCUAUUUGCUACUAUGGCGAAUGGCUAUCCUUCGAUAGAGGAGGAUGAUUUCGCUUACACUAUAGAUCAAAUGCUGAAUAAUUGGGUGUGA